AUGAAUUCAAAAAUUAAAGGAAUAACGGAUGAUAUAACAUCAAUUCCACCAGAAGAACAGAGAUAUUACGCAUUAAAUGCAUUUCCUAAAGUUUUGAAGAUUGGAAGAUUUAAUUUAAAUGAGGAAUUCAUAGAAGGUUUCCUAAAUGACAUAAUGAAGAAAGCAUAUUUAGUUUAUGUGGAUAGUGAGUUAAAUAAGAAGGUAGAUAAGGAAUAUGUGGAUAGUGAGUUAAAUAAGAAGGCAAAUUUGGUUUAUGUUGAUGAAAAAGAUAAUGAAAUUAAAGAAAGGGUUGAAUGGUAUCAUGAAUGGACAUUUGAGACUUUUAAAGGUAAAGCUGAUACAGGAUGGGGUUCAGGAUGUUUAGACCUUAAAGCAGAUAAAACUUAUGUUAACGAUGAGUUAGAGAAGAAGGCGGAUAAGGAAAAAGUUAUUUCAUUCAUUAAUACUGAGUUAGCAAAGAAAGCUGAUAUAUCAUUUGUUAAUGAAGAAAUAAAACAAUCAGAGGUCUAUUUUACUCCACCAUUUUUAAAUUUUAUGAAAUCAUCAGAUAAAACCUUUGAUAUAGAUUCUUUUGAAUGGAUAUGUUUCGAUGGAGUGACCAUGUAUUUAUUUUAUACAGCUGGAGUGCUUUAUUAUUUUAAAACAAAUGAUUUUAAAAACUAUGAAUCAUUUACUCCAUCUGUUUUGAAUCCUGAUACACGAAAGCCAAUCAUUAAUCCAAGAAUUUUAUAUGUUGAAUAUAAUAACGGUAAAUUUAUGGGAAUGAUAAUGGUUGAAGAUGAUUUUUACCCUUGUUAUUCAUUCGAUUGUAUCCAAUGGUUCAAAUGUAAUUUAAAUCAAGAUGCUAAAUUUAAAUAUCCAAAUAAUCCUAUUAGAU